UUAAAUUAUUCUAAAUUAUUCCUAUUCUCAUAUCUCAAUUAAUAUUCCUUUCUUUUUCAGUGAAAUUAAGCUAUGUAUGUAAACUAUAAAACUCGCGACGCUGUGUAUCAAUAUGUCAAAGUCAUUAAGAAACAUCAUUUUUCAAGGAAUAAUCAAUUCUUCAUAAAUUGCUUUCUGAAAUAACGCAAUUCUUUGACUAAUUUUAAUGGCAACCGUUCCUGAUGGUACAGAAAAGAAAGAUCGCCCUGAUAAUCCGCCUGAAGAACCUUACCACAUGACAGAAGAAAUCUUAAGAGAAAGGGCUAAAUCUGAAAGUGGCGGUCGUUAUUCUACACAACUUUAUGCUGGCAUUGUAGCAUCUGUAUCAUCAAUAUCAUUUGGUACAGUAAUAGGUUGGUCAAGUCCAGCAAUACGAGUCUCAAUUGAAUCAACACGUGCAGUAUCAGAGACGCAUUUACAAAAUACUGAUAUGGAUAUAGGAACAAUCGCAAGUUUGGGUCCGUUAGGAUGUUCAUUAGGAGUAUUGGUUUGGUCUUAUUUUAAUUUAAAAAUAGGACCGAAAAGAACCAUGGUAUUGCAAUCCCCGUUGCUUUUCGUGACCUGGAUUAGUAUCGCUUUGGCACGAACUAUAGAAAUCGCGGUCUUCGGUCGGUUUCUUUGCGGUUUUUUAGCGAUUUCUUACAAAGUUUGUGGUGAAACGUUGCUUGCUGACACCGUCCAUCGAGUGCAUCUUCGCCACAUGGUGAUUUCGUUUAGAGCUUGCAUUUACCUCGGCGUUUUAUUGUCUUACGUUUGCGGAUACACUCUAAAGGAUAAAUAUUUUUCGAUUUUAAAUUGUGUAAUAGUAGCUAUUCAUUUUGUUAUGUUACUUUUGUGCCCUGAAAGUCCGGUUUAUUUAUACGACGUAAAUAUUAAGCAAGCUGAAGAAGCUUUGAGUUGGUAUCGUGGUAAGGAGAAUAUUUACAUUGACAUGAGAAAUAUUAAGAGAGAUUCGGAAAUAAGAAAGGUUGAUCCGAUCGCUUAUAAAUAUAUGAUGUGCUCGAAAGUUGUUAUAAAAGCGCUUUUUAUGAUUAUUGGUGUUAAUACGACGGGGGUUAUUUCUGGUUAUUAUAUUUUUUUGUAUUAUAAUCCGGCGAUGGUUAAAAAACUUUCAGAAGAUCAAGUAACAACAAUCAAACAAGCAGAAUUGGAUAGUAAAAUUGAUGUUAUAUCAAAAGAAUGGGAUGCUAUUAUGUUGGGAUUACAACUGUUUCUUUGCUCCUUAAUAAGUACUUGGGCACAUUACAAUAUUUCUUUCGGAAUUAAAAAACCGUUAAUUACAAGCUGCGUUUUAGUAUCAACCAUUUUGGCUUUAUUCGCUGCUUAUCACUUUUUAAGGGAUGAAAAAAUUUCUUAUGUUGUCAAAAACAAUUGGCCAUAUACCGUUUUAGUUCAUCUUUUGAUUAUUUCCUAUGAAAUUGGUUUGAGUCAAUGUUCGGAUAUCAUGCUCAUCAAUUAUUUGCCUAGUCAAGUUUAUCCAAGGGCCAAAUUGAUUACGAGAUUUGUUCAAUGGACUCUUUGUUUCGUUCUUACAAGAAGUUAUUUCUUUUUCACCAAUGAAAUUGGGGGAGCGUGGACUUGGACGAUGUAUUUUAUUUUAUCAUUGAUCGCACUACUAUUUCUAUCAAUUCAUGUCGUGGAAAGUAAGGGAAAAACGUUGGUUAAAAUUCAAACGGAAAUCGGUGGAAAUCCUAUUGGAAGCAGAGGGGCUGCUUAUAAAAAAAGAUCCGAUAAUACUCGCGGUAAAAGCAAUAAUCAAAUUCCUACUUAAUCAAAUCCGAAGAUUUUUAAUUUACGUAUUCCAUCGGUUUUUAUGUAAUAAAUUAUUAGUUUAUUGAAAAAUGUCAAAGUAUCAAGAUUUGUCAAGCUUAUUUUAUAGACACCUGUAUAUUAUUUUGUAAUACAGAUUCAUUAGUAUUUAAUGUUAU